AUGGAAUCCGGAUUAAUUAUCGGUAAAAGUAAAGAAUCUAGGAAAGUUCUUGAUCCCAAUCCAAAUAAAAUUGUUGAAAAUAAAAUUAAUAAACUUAUUUCAAUCAAUUCACAGCAUUUUACGGCCUUUAAUGGAAAAUUGGAAGAAAUAUUAACCUUGGAUUAUGGAAAACUAUUACCAAAUGAGUUGCUGAAAAUAUUCGAAAUAUUGAGUAAAAACCUGUACUAUAAUGAGAAGAUCUACUCGUUAGUCUUCAAAGCUGUUUUGGACAAAGUUGUUUAUUUCAACACAGAUGAGUUGAUUUCAUUGUUAACUCAUAUUAAUAGGAUUUCUGCUUUUUAUUCCUCUAAUGAUAGUAUUAAUUCCACAUCAGAUGGUACAGAACUAGUAUUAAAUAGUCCUACACACUCAAAACUAGAUGUCCAGAAAGUAAUAAAAAGAGUAUUAGAAGUUCUAGAAAAUAAGCUAAAGUAUAAAAAGGACGAUUAUUUGGGAUUAAAUAUUCUGAGCAUUAUUAAUAAAUUAUCUCAUUUUAAUUGUUGGAACUUGUCAACUUACCUAUCCACUUCUGUUCUUAACAAUAUUCUAUUAAACACCGACAAUACAAUUAAUGUAGCGGAAUGUGUAAAUAUAAUUCUGGAUAAUUGUAGUUUAAGGAUAAUUGACAUAAUUUGCUCAAAUCCACAGCUAGGUUGUGGUGAUAACAACUCAAAUUUAGAGUUAUUUAACAAUAAAAAUUUAUUAUUAUCCUAUUACUCAGCUGGAGAUUUCAGCAUUCUUCCAUUACUCACUAAUAUAGUUAAUAAUGACCAUGUUUCUGACAUUUCCAGCAGUGUAUCACCUCUGGAUUUUGGUACUUUGUCCAGUACAAUUAACAGAGUACAUAAUAUAUUACUAAAAUCAGAAGAACAACUGUAUAAUAUUGAAUCAAACUGCUUAAAUUCUCUAGUCGAGGUUUGCUUCAAGUUGUUUUAUUGCACUAAGUUUAUAAAUCUUUCACAACAGGAAGUUAUUUACGUCAAUAUAUUCAAUAGGGUCGAAAAGCAUAUAAUCCCAAAAUUGAACUUUGUAAAUCCCAAAAAUCAGUGCUACUUAGUACUCCUUUUAUCGCAAUACGUUAAUAACACCCCAACACACAUGAAUUCCUUAAAUGAACAUAUAUUUAAAGUUGUCAGAAGAAUAAACCGUAAUAUUUCAAAUCAAGCGAAUCUAUCCGUUUUGGAUAAAUUGGCAGUUUUGGAGAGUUGUUAUGAGAAGUUUGGGUAUGUAAACCAUUUUACAGCUAAAAAAUUUAUUAAUUCAACACUUUCGCAAUUCCCAAGGAACCCUGUAGAUUCGCUUCUAAUUCAGAGAACAAAAACAUUUUCAUCUAAACUUUUCUUUUACCCAUUCCUUAAACCAUCAAUUGAUUGUAAAAAUAAUGGUAAACUAUACUGUAAAUGGGACAUAAAUAGAGUGAGAACUCGUUGUAAAUUAUUUUCAACUAGUGGCAUUUUAAGUAAAAUUAAACGGUUUAAAUGUAUUCCCAUAUAA